AUGGUAGAUGUAAUAGAUGUUAUCAACCAUUUGAAUCCGAAAAGAAAUGGUGUAAUGACUGUCAUACCAAAUUAUUCUUGGAAGAAAGUAAAAUUAUCAGAUAUAAGAAAAGGUUGGAUAAAUUAUCAGAUGAAGAAAGGAAUAGAUUUAAACAUGAUGGGAUAUGUCCCAAUUGAAGGAAAAACGAGUGGGAACCCCAAGAUGGAUCAAUUGAUUUAUAAAUCACAACUUCAAACCGAACAUUAUUAUUAUAAUUUGGAUUGGGUACCUUAUAACAGAUUUCAAGAUAUUAAAUUGAUAGGAGAAGGCGGGUUUUCCAAAAUAUACUCUGCCACGUGGCUUGACGGCGUUCCAAAAUUUGAUAGAUUGAAACGACGUUCCGAACCUAAAGUAGUUAUACUAAAACAAAUCAAGGAUUCCAACAACCUGACAAACAUAUUUAUUAAUGAGAUCGUUGAUGAAUGGGAUGCUUUAUUAAAUUCCAGAUUACAUACAUAUAAAUAUAAAUCAGAAAUUGGCAGAGAUUUUUUUAAUGCUGAUAUGUUUCAUCUUCCAGAGUCGUCUUCUAAUGCUUCGUUACAUUCUGAAGCAAUUUAUACCAGCCGCCAAUUUAGUUUUUUCAAUCUUCCCAAGCCAAGAAAUUCUUCAGGAGUUCAAAUUGAAAUUCCAGAAGAGGCCUACAACAGGCUGGAUAUAGUGCAAGAAUCUAGCCUGAAUCUGAGUUCUGAGCCAGAUACAGGCUAG